CAGGACGUGAAAGCCGUACUUGUCACGCAUUAUGAGAAGAAGAAGAAGGACUUGCUAGCUUAACUGUACGAGCUCAAUUCUCACAGCGAAGUUCGUUCAUAAAGAAACAAGUAAAACACAAAAUUACUCUCCUGGAACUGCAUAUGACGGAGCAAUUAUGGCGCUAAAAAGACAAAUCUACUAAUCUGAGAGCUGUUAAAAACCAGCAACAACAAUUCCAGAUGGCCAUCAAAAAUUGUCAGUCUGGAGCUGUGUUGAAUGGGAACGGGUUGGUUGUUUUCUCCCAUUUGUCAAGAGAUUUGUCUUCCCAUUCGGAUUACCGGUCAGCGCACCACUUCUGCCUCCAAAAUGCUGCGGAAGCGCUUGCGGUGUGAACACCGACCCAGCGCUCAUACCGUGGACCAAUUGAAGGAUUACGAAGGUCUGGAGGCCGACAACGAAUUCAUCAAUGGCUGGGCAUCUUCGUCAUGCAGCGGUAUCCAUAGUGAGCAACCUGUGUCUCCACACGGCUAAGGCUGAAGAGGUCAACCGGACCCUGGACGCCGGCAGGAAGCCCCUGCACUACGCCUGCGACUUUGGCCAGACCCCGGUCGUGAAGUUCCUCAUCUCCAAGGGUGCAGAUGUCGACGCCCCUGACAAACAUGGCCUGACCCCACUCUUCUCUGCUUGCGUCGAGGGCCACGUUGACUGUGUCAAGGUCUUGCUGGAAAAGGGCGCCGACAAGUAUCAGCUCGAUCCGGACGGCAAGACAUUAAUCGAGUCGGUCACCGACGAAGCCAUCAAGGCGCUUCUCAAGUGAGGGUGGGCAGGAGGACGCCGCAGACUGGCGUCGCCGGGAGAGACGAACGCAACGAGACGGGAUGCGGCACGGAAACAGGUGUUUUGUCUCUCCCCCACCCUCCCUGCUUCUUUCUAUCUCCGGAGGGCUCAUCUUACCUGUUUAGCAUUUUUUUUUCCCUACUUUGUCUAUCUUUUCUUUAAAUUAUCUUUGGGUUAUUGUCAUUUAACGUGAGGACUGGGAACGGUGCGUCCUCGAGUGGCUCCAAUGAAACACAAAGCUUAACAUGUAACUGAAAGUCGCUCUUCGUCAUGCAUUUUGAAUUAUACAAAAGAAUGUUGCAAGAAUGCCACACUGAACAGAAAUGAAGUAUAAUUUGACAAUGAAGUCCCGUUUUUUUUUGGGACGGAAAAGUAGUCAUUUUAGGUUGACGAGGGGAAUUUUCAUUUUGUUGCUCAAAAAAUAUUCUUCAGAAAAAUAUUGGCUUUUUUCUUAGAUUUUUUUUUUUUUUUUCCCCUCAAAGGUGACUCAAAUUGGGCCUGUUUUUCAGUUUUUUUUCCCCCCUUCACACAAUUAAGAAUUCAUUCUUUUCUUUUUGGUGUGGUUCAGAAUCUUGUACAAAUUUUGACUUUUUUUUUUUUUUUUUAAGUAAUGCAGCUACUCCCACUUCCCAUAAAGUUCCUUUUUGUAUUGCUUACAUAUCACUUCCUAUUUCCUGUGUCCAUUGACCAAUCACGAUGCUGGUUAACAACAACUAGGAGCACUUGAAUGUUUUUUUUUUUUUUUUUUUUUUUGCAAGUCACAUUACCAUCUAAAUCUCGUUGGCUUUUUAGAAUGUUUUGUAGCUUCGACAGUAAAGUGGAUGGUGGGGAUGCACCCCAGUAAUAUAAGACCCUCUCUUGGGUCAUUUUUCUCCCCCCCCCCCCCCCCCCCCUUGGAUUUGCUUUGGCUGCAUGUCAAGUCAACGGUCGGUCGCUCUCCUUCUCGGUUGCGUCUAAACCGAUAACUGCUUCAAUAUUACGUUAAAAAAAAAAAAAAAACAUUCUCUUUGACUUUGUUGUGACAAAAAGUCUGUAAAAACAAGAAUAAAAACAUAGAUAAAUGUUCAA